AUGGCCACUGGAGCCCAUGCCACGCUGACCACGACGCGGCCGAUCAUUAGGCAUGAUCAGCCCAAGGCCUCGGUGAACGAAGGGCCCCGGAGCAGAAACGCAUCUCCGCAGCCGAAUGACGUUUUCCGCGGAUCCAGAAGUCCAGCUAGCGCCGGUACUCCAGAAGCCACGGCCGGCUCUUCCAGUUCCCCGUCGCCAAAAGUCAGCGCACCGGCCGUCAAGUACGUCGAGUACGACGAGGCAGCCGAGUCACUGUUCGUCAAGGACAAGAGGAAGCACCGAGACGGAACUCACGAGUACAACAGGAUGCACCAGAAACUAUCGCGCAAGUACCAACCCGUCAUGUUCGCUGUCGGUGGCGCUGCUGUUUGCUUCAUUGGAAUGUUCUUGUUGUUCUACAUUUUCUUUCCAGAAACGAAGGCCCAGAAGUUGGUUCGAAACGCCACGGAGCUCCCCGAUAAAAGGCGCCUUCAUUCCCCAAGUUUAACGGCCCCCGGUGGGCGCACGUUUGGUGCUAACAGCUAGAGAAGACGAAAGGUGAAGUGUUUCAGAAUGCCACGAAGAACAGAAAAGACAACAGUGGUGUACCAUCUAAUGCGUCGGACAAGAUGUCUGCAGCAUCUUCUGUUUAGGGAGGUCCCAUCAGACCAUAUAUGUUUCAACACCCACUGUCAGAGAAGUGGCAAGGACCAUCCGGCGCGUCGUUUGUUUUCACGAACCCAGAUCAUUUCUAGCUUGCUCGAUUAUUUAUUUCAAUGCUUUAAAAGCACGCGCUUCGUUAAAAGAAGCCUGCGUAAUCAAGUUUCGCGGUGUCGAGGAAGUAUCGAUAGCCGUUGUGUGGCGUGUACGCCUAUGUAAUAAGUUUAUUAUAGAAAUAAACCAGCU